AUGAGUAUGAAAUUCCUGAUCGUUGGCCUGGGUAAUAUUGGAGAUGAGUAUGCGCAUACGCGUCACAAUAUUGGCUUUGAUAUCGUUCAUGCAUUUGUCGUAAAACAUGGGGGUAGUUUCCGGUCAGACAGGCUUGCGUUUGUCAGUGAUGUAAAGUGGAAGGGUAAGACAUUCGUUUGCGUAUGCCCGACGACGUAUAUGAACCUUAGCGGGAAGGCGGUGAAGUAUUGGAUGGAUAAGGAAAAGAUCGGGUUGGAGCAGACGUUGGUGAAUGUCGACGAGCUAGCGCUUCCAUUAAGUAAGAUACGGGUGCGGCCAAGCGGAAGUGACGCAGGGCAUAAUGGGUUGAAGAGCCUGCAGGAGUCGCUGGCUACGACACAAUACCCUCGUUUACGGUUUGGGAUUGGCAAUGAUUAUCCAAAAGGUAUGCAGGCGGAGUUUGUAUUGGGAAAAUGGAGAAAGGAAGAAGAACCGCUGGUAAAGAAGAAGAUUGAAGCGGCUGUAGAAGUGAUCGAAAUCUUUGCUACUCAAGGCUUAGCGGCGGCGAUGAACUGGAUAAAUAAUAAGGAGUUUUCGUUAUGA